CACACGCCAGAUGCCAUGAUAGAUCGCUGACCAAACCAUUCAAUUUUUUUUCUCCGUGUUUUUCUCCUUGUUUUCUCUGUAUUCUUUCAGUUGAAGAGCGUAGGCUCAAAACGUUAAAGACUUUCUGUAUUCCCGAGCGUUAAACGAAUACAUCCUUUUGUUGUUUACACCACCUGUCCUCGUCUGUUGUUGUUUUUUUCGUAAAUUCUCCCAUAUAUAUAUAUAUAUAUAUCUGUGUCCUUAUUUAUCUAUAUGUAUAUAUCUGUCUACCUACCUAUACAUAUAUAAAUUUUGAAUUUUCUUAUGUUUCUGCAAGUCUCCUCAGCCAAGUGAUCUGAAGCAGAAGGAUUCAUUCCAAGGCCCGGCCACAUACAGAGGAUGUACCGAUGUAUUUUUCUUGGUUUUAAGUGUUGUCUUCCUUGGUGGAAUGAUAUAUGUAUUUUAUUUGUCACUGUCUUACGGCUGCCCAUAUCGUCUCCUCUAUGGCAUGGAUAGCUGGGGAAAUUCUUGCAAUCUGAGGAAUAAAAAGAUUCCCGGUGUCCAUUAUUCAGGAUUAGACACAACACAUUUAAGAUACCUAUUUACACAUACAAACCAAGGUUCGCAUAUAGAGGAGACCAUCUGUGUGAAGGAAUGUCCACGGCAAAUAAUCAGAACACAGCAAGAGCUGGUGAACUUCACAGAGGUAACAGGUUCAAACCUCUGCCGCUAUGAUGGUACGGUUUGUCCUACUCUACCCAUUGCAGCUACGAUUCCACUGUUCCACCGAUGUUCCACAUCUGAAAAUGGAAUUAAAGAUAAAGUUAUCAGUGGUUUGCGUAAUGAUUUCUUUCACAAAAUUGCUGUUGAUCUCGAAACCUCAUGGAGGGAAAUAGUUUAUAUGGGUCUGUUGUCCAUUGCCCUGUCCAUAAUCUGCAUGAUUAUAAUGAGAUUUUUGGGGGAAUAUAUAGUUUGGCUUGUGACUGUUACUAUAGCUCUCACCCUCCUUGGACUCGUGAUUUUCUGUUGGUAUCAAUAUUAUGCUUUGAUGGGAGGUGAUAAGACUGCUGUUGAAGUAUCCAAACCUGCGGAUGAACCUGCAUUAUGGCUUUUCUUCUCCCUUUUCAUAUCAGUGGUAACUGUCAGUCAACUUUUCAGGGAAGCUGGUAAGGUCGUGUCUGAUGUUCCUCUACUGAAUCUGCUACCAUUUGUGAUUUUUCUCAUUAUGUUCGGAGUUUUGUCCUUCCUCGUCUAUAUUUAUUUAUUAAUUGAAAGUUCAGGAAAGUUAGUUGUUGAAGAGAAAACGCACUAUGUCCACCUUGAGGAUAUCAAACCCUUAACCUACAUGAAAUGGUACCACAUCUUUGGAAUAUUUUGGAUCUUCAACUUCAUCACAUCUUGCAGGGAUUUUGUGAUUUCAAGUUCUGUAGCCAUUUGGUAUUUCACACGGUAAGAACAUUGGUACUUUGUACAUUGACUUACGUUCACUGUCUUUUUCUUCAGGACACAAACAGGAAAGCCAUUAGACAAAGACAAGCAUGAUUGGUUGGUUAGGCUGGCAUGGUUGGAUGGUUUAGGCAUUCAUGGAUGGUUGGUUAACUCUUUAACUGCAAAAUUAAAUCUCACAAUAAUUUCAGUAAUGGAUGUUAAAUAUCUACCACAAAAUAAAAUUAGCUUUUUCUGCAGGUCAAAUUGCCUCUAUAAAUUUGGCAUAUAAGCACAGGCGUGGCUGUGUGGUAAGAAGUUUGCUUUCCAACCACAUGGUUCCAGGUUCGGUCCCACUGCAUGGCACCUUGGACAAGUGUCUUCUGCUAUAGCCUCAGGCUGACCAAAGCCUUGUGAGUGGAUUUGGUAGAGGAAAACUGAAAGAAUUGUGUGUGUGUCUUUGUGUCUGUGGUUGUCCACCUACCACCACUUGACAAUUGGUGUUGGUGUGUUUAUGUCCCUCAUAACUUAGCGGUUUGACAAAAGGUUCGAUACAAUAAGCGCCGGGCUUUAUAAAAAAAAAGUACUGGGGUCGAUUAAUUCGACUAAAACCUCUCCAAGGUGGUGCCCCAGCAAGGCCGCAGUUUAAUGACUGAAACAAGAAAAAGAUAUAAGAUAUCUCAACAAAAAAAUAGUUUCAUACAUCACGUUCUUCAACAAAAGAGAGAUUGGUUUAUAAAACUGUUUCCCACUGUUAUAAGUAAUGAAAUUUUGGGUGGAAAUAUCUGAUUUCUGCAGUAAAAGAGUUAAGGCAGGGUUAGGUGAAUGGUCUAAGUAGACGUUCAUUGAGAAGGCCCUCGUAUACGACAUUGAUGAAUGUUACAUCCCACAUCGUUUUUUGGCAAAUGUCUCAAGAAGGGCUUCGGAAAUCCAAGAACCUCGGUGAAUUUACAAGGUGAGGAGGAACCGCCCCUCUUCUUUUCCAAAGUAAGGGCCCUGAAAGCUACCUUGUUCUGCUUCACCAAAUUUCUCUUGGAAGCUCGUGUCUUGAGGCUUAAGUUGAGCACUGACCACUGAAAGGGGAAUAUCCAUAAAGGGAAAUAACUCUGUACAACCCUCAAGGGAGAUAAUUAGAUAAAGUAGAAAUCUUUAUGGCUAUUACUCUUUUACUUGUUUCAGUCAUUUGACUGUGGCCAUGCUGGAGCACCGCCUUUAGUCGAGCAAAUCGAACCCAGGACUUAUUCUUUUGUAAGCCUAGUACUUAUUCUAUCGGUCUCUUUUGCCGAACCGCUAGGUUACGGGGACGUAAACACACCAGCAUCGGUUGUCAAGCGAUGUUGUGGGGGGACAAACAGACACACACACACAUAUAUAUACGACGGACUUCCUUCUGUUUUCGUCUACCAAAUCCACUCACAAGGCUUUGGUCGGCCCGAGACUAUAGUAGAAGACACUUGCCAAGACACUUGUCCCACUGUGCGGAACCGAACCCGUAACCAUGUGCUUCGUAAGCAGGCUACUUACCACACAGCCACUUUUCCAUACAUUAAAGAUGGAUUGUAAUUUAACCCCAAAACAAUCUUAUUUAUUUACUGCCCACAAGGGGCUAAACAUAGAGAGGACAAACAAGGAUUAAGUCAAUUACAUCGACCCCCAAAAGGAUGAAAGGCUAAGUCGACCUUGGCGGAAUUUGA